AUGAACCACAGUCUCAGUAGUUUGCGUGCAGUCGCGAAUAGACUCAUCUCAACCUCCGGUGAUCAGCUGCCUCGUCAAGUCGGAUAUCUAGCUUCGACUAUCGCCAAUUGCAGCGAUGCACUUCAGGUAUCCUCAUCAAGCAGCGACCAGUCAAUCAUCAUUCACAAACUGAAGACCAAGACUUCCGCCCUAUUGCAAGACCGUACGCCUGAAGGCAGAUUUUGUGGUAUCGUGAUCGCCAGAGCAUUGAUUGAAGCUGGAGGUGCUACUUUCCUCUCCGAAUGUGGAAGCUGGGUCAGGAAUCUGAUAUCUUGCCUCAACAAGCCAGAUCCUCCAGAAAUAAAGCUUAUCUGUGUCAGUGUCAUCACUCGUGUAUAUCUGCUCACUGUGAGGCAUCAAGCUUUGGUUCGAGAUGUCACAACGCCUACAUUGCCAGCCUAUAUCACAGCAUCGAUCAGUGCUACUAAACCUAGUACCUCUUCUAGUGAUGGAAAAAUUGUCAAGUCUUUGAGUUCGGUCCUAGUUGCCGUGCUGAAAAGUUGGCAGGCACUUAUCAAACACUUUGCCUCCACAAUCCGACCCAACAUAGCUUCGAUCAAGUUGAUAUGUCUCAGUCUGCUUAGCGACGAGAGUGCUGGUCAAGAAGUCCAGAUAGCGGCAAGAGAUGUUCUCGCAUCUCUGCACUUCUGCGCACCCAAGAACAACAUGGCAGUUGAAUGGUCACACAUAUGUUCGCAAACUAUUGAAGCUGCUCAUGAUACUGCGGACUUACUCCUUCGAGCCGUGGUAGAAGACUGGACACCUGUGAGCUCAAGGAUAUCAAAGUCCACUCGGAAGCAGAAGACGACUAGUACUCCGACCACAAACGCUCCUGAUGUACUUGGUCUGGACAAGUGGACCGGCGUCGCCGAAGGUACUGAACGUCUCUGCGCCCAAGUCAGCCUAUUGCGAGCGAUACUGACAAACCAAUAUGCUCAGGAGGCCACAAUACCACUCACAUCAAUUGUGGAUCUCACUGCUCGACUAGCCGCGGUUACAGUGCCUACAGCCAAGUCCGCGCUACGCUUCAACAACGAGAUCACUCGUGAAGAACGAGAGGAGUUGUGGACGAACCUACCUCGAGUACAUGUGCAGGUGCUCGAACUGUUGCAAGCACUUGUUUCAGCCUUUGGACAGGCACUCUAUCCUGUCACACCUAUCUUGUACUCGCAGAUGUGGAACAUAUUCAGCUCUGAAGGGUUUGACAAUAACGUGAGAGAGGCCUUCUACAGGCUGUUCGCUGCAUUCAUGCAUCGUGACAUCUCACAUUUCAUCAAGGCAGAUUCUGCCAACAUCAGGCGGCUGAUUCAUUAUUGCUGCAACGAUUUAUCAAUUGGAGCUGGCCUGAAGGAUUCAAAUACAGCAAUACCUGCUGAUGGCGACACCAAUAACAAGAGUGGCUCCUCAGCCGUAGCGUUGACCAUGAACAUGCUCGGACCUGUUAAAUCGCGAACUCUGAAUUUGCCUAGUAAUUCCAAGCAAUUCCGGGCGGCCUACGACCUCCUUCCUAUCUUGCUUGCUCAUCUACCAUCUCACAAGUUGACUGGCAGUUCAACCCUGCGCGCCAGCUUGGAUAGUACAUCCGUCCUCCUCCAACAUCAUGAAGCCAUGCUGGCGAGCGUUCUAUAUCCACUACGACCACAACAAGACUCUGUGAGUGGCAAGCUAGCAGACCAUCAAUCCAGCCUACUUCCCUUCCUUGCUCGAUCAGCUGAGAUCAAGAAUAGCAUUAGUGCCAGAGAUCAAAUGAGUCUCGAAGGUCUGCUGCGACCAAGAAUGCCAUUGAUCGGAACGUUAGUCGACGGAAACGAUCCUAUGAACGAUGCCGAGGACGAUGAGAUGGAGGAAGACGAAGACGAAAACGAUAACAUGGUGUUUGAAAAGUCGGAAAACGGUGUGAACGUGGCAGACUCAGUAUCACAGGAUGAAAACCAGUCUCAGAACAAUGUCGAUGUACACCCUCAAUCCGACGCCGCACACUCGAACAUCCAGGCAUACGCUGGUGCGCAGAAACGUGACUUCACGACCCUACUCGAGCAGAGCGCGGAUGCACAGCUUGCAGCUUCUGCUGCGAGUAUCAGCGAAGCUCCACCGAUGUCCCUUGACGAGCCGGCGAACAAUACGUCAACAAGCAAACGACAACGUGUCGGAGGUGGGCCAAUACACGAGCCAAAUGAGACAGUCUCAUCUACCUUGACUACAGCGACAGCCUUGCAGAUACCCGAAAUGCCAGAUACACAAACGACACUGCCUCAAACCAGCGACGAGGGAAUUGUAAGCCCAGCUGAUAAUUUGUCAACUCGGCAAGAGCCGAAAGGCAAAGAAAAGGCCGCGGAUUAUGGUAGCGAUGAUGACUCUUCGGAUUUCGAGAUACCUCCCAUAGAUGCGACGCUCAAUACGUUCUCUGAUAGCGAGGACGAUGACGAUGAGGAAGAUGAUUAG